GGGGGCGGGGCUCCGCUGGUGGGUGGGCUUUCGUCGGUGACGUAAUUAGAAGCUGGUUGGGGAGUGUGCGAGCUAGGCCGACGCUAAGCAGUGCGUACAUGCGUGAUGACGUAGGGAGCGUCGAUUGGGAGAGAGAACUGGGCCCGCGCCUGCGUGCAUUCUCGUCUUCUGUCCAAGUUGGUCGCUUCCCUGCGCCAAAGUGAGCAGUAGCCAACAUGUCAGGGUGGGAGUCCUAUUACAAAACCGAGGGCGAUGAAGAAGCAGAAGAACAAGAAGAGGAGAACCUUGAAGCAAGUGGAGACUACAAAUAUUCAGGAAGAGAUAGUUUGAUUUUUUUGGUUGAUGCCUCCAAGGCUAUGUUUGAAUCUCAAAGUGAAGAUGAGUUGACUCCUUUUGACAUGAGCAUCCAGUGUAUCCAAAGUGUGUACAUCAGUAAGAUCAUAAGCAGUGAUCGAGAUCUCUUGGCAGUGGUGUUCUAUGGUACUGAGAAAGACAAAAAUUCAGUGAAUUUUAAAAAUAUUUACGUCUUACAGGAGUUGGAUAAUCCAGGUGCAAAACGAAUUCUAGAGCUUGACCAGUUUAAAGGGCAGCAGGGCCAGAAACGUUUCCAAGAGCUGAUGGGCCACGGAUCUGACUACUCACUCAGUGAAGUGCUGUGGGUCUGUGCCAACCUGUUUAGUGAUGUCCAGUUCAAGAUGAGUCAUAAGAGGAUCAUGCUUUUCACCAAUGAAGACAACCCCCACGGCAAUGACAGUGCCAAAGCCAGUCGGGCCAGGACCAAAGCCGGUGAUCUCCGAGAUACAGGCAUCUUCCUUGACUUGAUGCACCUGAAGAAACCUGGGGGCUUUGACAUAUCCUUGUUCUACAGAGAUAUUAUCAGCAUAGCAGAGGAUGAGGACCUCAGGGUUCACUUUGAGGAAUCCAGCAAGCUAGAAGACCUGUUGCGGAAGGUUCGCGCCAAGGAGACCAGGAAGCGAGCACUUAGCAGGUUAAAGCUGAAGCUCAACAAAGAUAUAGUGAUCUCUGUUGGCAUUUAUAAUCUGGUCCAGAAGGCUCUCAAGCCUCCUCCAAUAAAGCUCUAUCGGGAAACAAAUGAACCAGUGAAAACCAAGACCCGGACAUUUAAUACAAGUACAGGCGGUUUGCUUCUGCCUAGCGAUACCAAGAGGUCGCAGAUCUAUGGGAGUCGUCAGAUUAUACUGGAGAAAGAGGAAACAGAAGAGCUAAAACGAUUUGAUGAUCCAGGUUUGAUGCUCAUGGGCUUCAAGCCCUUGGUAAUGUUGAAGAAGCACCAUUACCUGAGACCCUCCCUGUUCGUGUACCCAGAGGAGUCUCUGGUGAUUGGGAGCUCAACCCUGUUCAGUGCUCUGCUCAUCAAGUGUCUGGAGAAGGAGGUCGCAGCAUUAUGCAGAUACACACCCCGAAGGAACAUCCCCCCUUAUUUUGUGGCUUUGGUGCCACAGGAUGAGGAGUUGGAUGAUCAGAAAAUUCAGGUUACUCCUCCAGGCUUUCAGCUGGUCUUUUUACCAUUUGCUGAUGAUAAAAGGAAGAUGCCCUUUACUGAAAAAAUCAUGGCAACUCCAGAGCAGGUGGACAAGAUGAAGGCUAUUGUUGAGAAGCUCCGCUUCACAUACAGAAGUGACAGCUUUGAGAACCCCGUGCUGCAGCAGCACUUCAGGAACCUGGAGGCUUUGGCCUUGGAUUUGAUGGAGCCUGAACAAGCAGUGGACCUGACAUUGCCCAAGGUUGAAGCAAUGAAUAAAAGACUGGGUUCCCUGGUGGAUGAAUUUAAGGAGCUUGUUUACCCACCAGAUUACAAUCCUGAAGGGAAAGUUACCAAGAGAAAACACGAUAAUGAAGGUUCUGGAAGCAAAAGGCCCAAGGUGGAGUAUUCAGAAGAAGAGCUGAAGACCCACAUCAGCAAGGGCACACUUGGCAAGUUCACUGUGCCCAUGCUGAAAGAGGCUUGCCGGGCAUAUGGGCUGAAGAGUGGGCUGAAGAAGCAGGAGCUGCUGGAAGCCCUCACCAAGCACUUCCAGGACUGACCAGAGGCCGCGCACCCAGCCGUCCUUCCACAGUGUGGCCAGGCUGCCUGGCCUUGUUCUCAGCCAGUUAAAAUGUGUUUCUCCUGAGCUAGAAAGAGUCUACCCGACAGAAGUCGAGGGACUUUAUGUUUUUGAGGCUUUCUGUUGCCAUGGUGAUGGUGUAGCCCUCCCACUUUGCUGUUCCUUACUUUACUGCCUGAAUAAAGAGCCCUAAGUUUGUACUAGA